AUGGUCAUUUCCGAGAUUGAGAAGUCCGGUGCUGCAAGCGUCCUGGCAGAUGACGAUGCCUUGUCGCAAGCGCGAGGCCAUCAAAGGGAGCUCCCACAGCAAUUCUCUGCAACCUCGGCUCUAUCGUUUGCUUAUGUUGUCACAAACUCCUGGGUUGGUUAUUCGGCGACCUUCGCCACUGCGUUACUUGCUGGCGGAGGGCCCGCCGUUUUUUAUGGUAUCAUAGCGGCUGCGAUCGUGUGCACUAUCAUCACCUUGGGCCUUGCCGAGUUGGCAUCUGCUUUCCCGUCGAGCGGAGGACAGUACCACUUCACCUUUAUGGUCUCGUCGCCAAAGACUCGGACGCCCUGUGCUUUUGUAUGUGGAUGGCUCAGCUCUCUUGCCUGGUGCCUGGGCACAGUGUCUGGCGCCAUUUGGUGCGCUCAAGCGAUGGUUGCGCUCGUCUCGUUCCUGAAUGAGGACUACCAACCCAAGCAGUGGCAGACAUACCUUGUCUUUCUUGCUCUUGUUUCACUGGCCACGGCAGUUGUUUGUCUCCUCGCCCAGUGGUUGCCGCGGCUGGAGGUGUUCAUGUUUUGGAGCAGCAUGUCUGCCUUUGUCGUGUGUCUCGCCACGGUGCUCGGAAUGAGCAAAAGCAAGCAGCCGGCCAGCGUUGUUUUUACCCAGUACGAGAACGAGACGGGAUGGUCCGACGGCUUCUCGUUCCUCAUAGGAGUCGGGUCCUUAUCACCUUGGGAUCGACUGACUCUUCUGCAGGAGGUCCCCGAUCCAGGCCGGAAUAUUCCCAGGGUAAUGUGGCUAACGCCAGUGAUCGGGAUUGCAACGACUCUGCCUUUUGUGGUGGCCACGUUAUUCUCGACGGUCGACCUGGGGGAGAUCGUCCGGUCCGAACUGCCUAUCCUGACCUUGUAUCAUCAAGCGACGGGUAGCAAAGAUGCCGCCGUCAUUUUCACCGUCUGGCUUUUAGUGAACUCCUUUGGAGGUACGCUCGCCGGGCUCGCGACAUCCGGUCGCCUGGCUUGGGCGUUUGCCCGGGACAACGGGCUGCCCUGUUCCAGCACGUUGGCCACAGUGCAUCCUAGAUUUCAGACGCCCGUCGCCUCGACCGUCAGCUGUGCCGUGCUGAUGGCACUGUAUGGUCUGAUCUACAUCGCGUCCAGCACGGCAUUCAGCAGCAUCGUCUCGAUGUCCGUCCUGUCCCUGAACGUGACGUAUGUUAUUCCGCAGGGCAUCCUGCUAUUCCGAGGACGGGAGGAUGUCCUUGUCGACCGCUGCUUCAAUCUAGGGCGAUAUGGGGUCUUUGUCAAUGCAUUCUCAUGUCUAUGGGUUGGCUUGUACACGGUCAUCUUCUGUUUUCCGACGAUCAUGCCGCCCACACCGUCCAAUAUGAACUAUCUGGCUCCUGUUCUCGUCAUUAUCGUCAUCUUGAUCCUUGCGGUGUGGUAUGGUGGGAAGAAGAAGACGUUUGUUGGUCCGAGCGUUGUGAUUCCAGGAUCCCAUGCCAAGCAGCAUGAUGAGAUGCAAUCGUGA